CUUGUCCCGUUGGAUGGUUACAGUGAUCAGCUCAACACGAACCGGGCAGUAAAAACCUUUCAGUCCGUUUAGUGAGCUGUGAUCAUGGGCUCCAGCCAUGGCCCCGCUCUGCUCCUCUGUCUGCUCUGCAUCGGACUGACGGCUCAAACUGAUGUGGAAACAGUUGAGGUGAUUCCCAGGCUGCUGUCCAGCCAGGAGACGAGUCUGUCUGAGGAUUCUGCCUCCAGGCUGCGGAGCCAUCAUCAGUGGCCCUUGGAUUUCUCGAGUAAAGAACAUUCUGAGGCAGAGAACAUUAUUGUGUCGCUGUCGGCUUUUGGAAGGAGUCUGUAUCUUAAUUUAAGACGAGAGCGCAAAAUUCUUUCAAGAGAUUUUGUAAUAGAGGAGAGGCUCAGGAACCAAAGUGUAGUAGUCAGACCACUGUCCAUGAAGCAGCUUUGCUUUUACUCUGGCUUUAUCAUCAACCAUACAGACUCUCUGGCAUCACUAAGCACCUGUGGCGGUUUGACUGGGCUAAUUCAGAUUGGGGAGGACAGCCUGUUCAUCCACCCUGUGGGUGAAUAUGAGCCAUCGCAGUCUUUCUCCGGAAUUAAGCACCAGCUGGUCCGACACCGAUGCUCACCGAAGAGCUCCCUUGGUCAGUGUGCCGGCCAGCCCAUCCACUGUGGGACUGCAGAAGGGCAGAAAAAGAAGAAGAAACCAAAACUGGGUGAAGAAGAUCGCACCAAGAGGAACACCGUGAACUUCCAUAAAACAUACACUUUGGAGACGGUGGUAGUGGCAGACUUCAACAUGGUGCAGUACCACGGUGCUGAAGUGGCACAAAGAUUCCUGCUUACUAUCAUGAAUAUGGUUGACAACAUGUUCCAGCACAAGAGUCUGGGAGUUACAGUCAACAUAAGAGUCAAUAAACUGGUUUUGCUUCACACCAGGCCGGAAAAACUAAAGAUAAGCCACCAUGGACAGAGGUCUCUGGAGAGCUUUUGUCAAUGGCAGCAUCAGGAGUUCUCAGUCCCUCGGUACCUCGGUACCAACCACAUUACAGGUGGAUGGUACGACACGGCUGUUCUGGUCACCAGGACUGAUUUCUGUGUUCAUAAAGAUGAACCCUGUGAUACAGUCGGUAUGGCUUACCUGGGCGGUGCUUGUAGUGCAAAGAGGAAGUGUGUAUUAACAGAGGACAAUGGACUUAAUCUGGCCUUCACCAUUGCUCAUGAGCUCGGUCACAACAUGGGGAUGAGCCAUGAUGACGACCAUGCUAACUGCACCAGCCACUCCCACAUCAUGUCCGGUGAAUGGGUGAAAGGCAGAAACCCAAACAACCUGUCAUGGUCCUCCUGCAGCCGCAGUGAUCUGCAGAACUUCCUCAGAUCUGGAGCCAGCAUGUGCCUCCGCUACACAGGCCCUAGGAGCCGCUACAGGAUGCGCCUCUCUUCCAAGCUUCCAGGGAUGCACUACAGUGCUGAUGAGCAAUGUCAGAUCCUGUUCGGAAUCAAUUCCACUUCCUGCCCUGACAUGGAGCAUCUCAUGUGUGCUGGCCUGUGGUGUUCAGUAGAUGGAGAUCCUUCAUGUAAGACAAAACUCGAUCCUCCUCUGGAAGGAACAGAGUGUGGAACAGAUAAGUGGUGCAGAGGGGGACAAUGUGUCAGUAAGGCUCCCAUCCCCCAACAUGUGGAUGGAGACUGGAGUCCCUGGAGCCAGUGGAGCAUGUGCAGUCGGACAUGCGGUACUGGGGUCCAGUUCAGACAGAGGAAGUGUGACAACCCGCCGCCCGGUCCAGAUGGACGGCACUGUCCAGAAGCCAGUGUGGAGCACAAGGCAUGUCAAGGCCAGCCGUGUCCCAAAGGGGCCCCAAGUUUCAGAGACCUGCAGUGUCUUUCCUAUGACCAACAUGGCAGUAAAAGAAAGGGCAGACUGUUGACUGCGUUCAUUAAUGAUGAUAAGCCAUGUAUGUUGUUCUGCAGCCCGGUGGGUCAGGAUGUUCCGGCCCUGAUGGCUGACAAAGUCAUUGAUGGCACUUCCUGUGGGCCUUAUGAGUCAGACCUCUGCAUUAAAGGGAGCUGUAAGAAAAUUGGUUGUGACGGCAUCAUCGGCUCCUCAGCAAAGGAAGAUGCAUGUGGUGUUUGCAAUGGACAUGGAGACUCCUGUAAAAUUGUGAAAGGAGACUUCAAUUACACCAAGGGAAUGGGCUACAUUGAGGCUGUGGUGAUUCCUGCAGGAGCGUGGAGGAUCAAAGUCAUGGAGGACAAACCUUUACAGAGCUUUCUGGCUCUUAAGGACUCCAGCAAGAGAUCCAUUAACAGCGACUGGAAGAUUGAACUUCCGGGAGACUUUGAGCUGGCUGGGACCAUGGUGCGAUACGUCAGAAGAGGAUUGUGGGAGAAGAUUUCUGCCAAAGGGCCGACUAAAGCUCCCUUACACCUAAUGGUCCUGCUCUUUCACGAUCAGAGCUAUGGAAUCCACUAUGAGUACACCAUAUCUGUGAACACAAGCCAGGAUCAGAGCAGUGAGAAACACACAGAACCAGAGUACCUCUAUGUCUGGGCUCACAGUGGCUGGCAGAACUGUUCUGUUCAGUGUGGAGGAGGUGAGAGGAGCACAGCGAUCUUCUGUAUGAGGACGGUCAAUAACAGCAUGGAGGUUGUCAGUGAUGACUACUGUCACCCUGAGACCCGGCCCCAGGCCAAGGUGCAGCGCUGCAACACUCUGCCCUGCCAGUACAGGUGGGUGGCAGGUGAGUGGGGGCCCUGCUCCGUCUCCUGUGGUAAUGGUCUCCAGCAGAGACAGGUGUCUUGUGUUUACCCCUCACUAAAUGGCUCACUCAUCCACACCAAGGACCGGGACUGCUACGGGGGCAAACCUGUGGGGCAACAGGACUGUGAGGGCAACUCCUGCCUUCCAGAAUGGGAGGCCUCAGACUGGUCACAGUGUUCAUCGGCCUGCGGCCGGGGUGUUCGCACGCGGACAGUGCGCUGCAGAAGCCCAGAUGGAGGAUGUGAGUCUGAUUCCAAGCCCAGUCAACAAGAAACCUGUGAAGAAGACGUAGAAUGCUUUGAAUGGAGGUUUGGAGACUGGUCCAAGUGCUCAUCCACGUGUGGAAAGGGUCUACAGUCACGAGUGGUCCAGUGCAUGCAUAAAGACACCGGUCGCCAUGGCGACAAUUGCCCACUAAUACUGAGACCACCAAUUUACAGAUCUUGUUAUCGUGAAUCCUGCUUCAACAGAGGUGAUGUAAACUCUGCUUCUGAUAUGGACAGAAGAGAUGCUACAAAUUAAACAGCAAUGUCUCUCAAUUCCUUCAGUUAGUUCAGUUGGAGGACAGAUUUGUUGCUGUAGCAUCAAGUUUGUUCAUUUUGUUUUACUUUUACAGUAAAACCAGCCGAUGCCUGAAGAAGGAUUAACCCUCGUGCUGACUGGAUAGUUCCUCUGCCCCGAAGCCCCCCGCUGACGGGGGGACGAGGGAGAAUACAUCACCUCCAUAGCAGCUAGUCCUUCCAGCUGCAUCAGGAGAGAAGCUUUUCUUUAAGAUUAAUUGCACAUUAUAUUUGAUCAUAUCUUUGAUUCUUUUUUUUAUUAUUUUGGAUUAUAGAUUUAUGUUUGAGUUUCCAACAAUAAACUACAAUGUAAAGCACAGAUCCUACAUUGUUAUGGACAAAGAAAUCUUGGAAUUUAAGAAAUUUGGGAAUCAAAACUUUAGAAACUGAAACUUUAGGUGCUUUUGCAAGCUGCAUUUAUGUUUAUUUUAAACAGUUACAGAAAUACUUGAUCGACCUGACCAAGAGGUUCUGGUUGAUUUUAUGUACUGUGUUUAAUGCAUGGUUUUGUGUGGUAGUUAUGGGUGCUAUAAAAACACGAGACAGAAUAUGAAAUGAUGUUCUGUGACAGUGAAGACAUUUCUUUGCUGAUGCUGCUGUGACCCUGUACUAUACCUGUAUUACACACACUUCAAGGGGUCUUAUCUUAAAAUGUACAAAUUACUUAACGCAUAUUGUUUAAGCUUAAGUAAUGUUUAGCAUAAGCAAAUAAAUGUUACUUUGUUUAUAAAUUGCUUGUUCUGUCCAGUGGAACAACAGACCGUCUCAUGUUUAUUGGAGCUGCCUGUCAAUGUGUAUUUUGAAAUCCCAUUUCAGGUUUUCUUUUUGUUUUACUAAUACUAUCAGAUAACAACUAUUUGCUGCCUGCAAUCUUGUCUUUUUUUAAAAAUAUGUAUAUUUUUAUGGAUUGGUCUAAA